AUGAAUUCUUCUCGUCUUUUACUUCUAUUAUUUUUCAUCGCCUUAACUUUAGAUUUAUCCACGUGUUAUGUGAGUUAUAAUAAAAGAGAAUAAGUGAUCAUUUGUGAUUUUCAGAAAGUUCCAACCGAUGUCGCUACUCAAAUUAAGCUGAAAAAACGAGGACAAGCUUGUAUGGCUAGAAUUUUACCAAAAACACCGCCUGCAAAAUCUCUGCAAACUGAACUUGCUGUAAGUUUUGAUUUAGGCCCUCAGCCUAGAAUUGUUUCAUUCCUAAAUAUUUUCCAGGUUUGUUUCAAAGUUGAUUGCGCAAUGGCUAUAAUUCCAAAAGUCGAACAACAAUUUCCACGAGAAUUUCCAAUUUUGAAAGGUUGUAUGGGUUAUUAA